GCCCCCACCCCGGCCCUCUCCCGCGCGCGCCCCGCCACCCGCGCGCACUCGCUCACGCUCCCCCUCGCGCACACACAUGGUCGGCUCGCGGCAAAGUUUCGCCUGCGAUCGCCACUCGGGGAUCCUGCCGCAGUGCUCGGGGCUGUAACCUUGAACUUUCCCAGCGCGGUGACACAUUCUCGCUCUCCCUCCCGCCCUCUCUCCUGCGCCCCCCUCCCCGCCUUUUUUAAAAAAGCAUUUCACCACCAACUACCACCCCAAUCCAACCUACACCGAACCUUCGCGCACCCCCUAGCCCCCAACAACAACAACAACUGCAAAACAGAAAACAAAUUCCCAAACCCAGGCGAAAAGCAGCCAACACCGGCGGCGGCGGCGGCGGCCUCGGCGAGCACGGCCAGCGCGCUCGGACUGCAAGAGGGUUAAAAGUGUAGAUUGGAUUUCACCCCGGGAAAUCUAGCACGCCGAGUGAACUUGAAUCUUUGGCUAUUUAAGGAGGACUGGGUUUGUUGUGAAGUUGCGGUGAUCCAGCGCAGAGCCCCGUCCUGAUUGAUCGCAUCGCGGGGCGCAGAUGACUGUAAAAUGAAUAGAUGAAAUUCUUGCUUCUCGAAGAUUUUCUUGGGCAUCUCCGGGAAAGUGCGUUUUAAGGCGAAGUCAUGAUGUAUUCUCCCAUCUGUCUCACUCAGGAUGAAUUUCACCCAUUCAUCGAGGCACUACUUCCACAUGUCCGUGCAAUCGCCUACACUUGGUUCAACCUGCAGGCUCGGAAACGCAAGUACUUUAAAAAGCAUGAGAAGCGAAUGUCAAAGGAUGAAGAGAGAGCAGUCAAAGAUGAGCUUCUCAGCGAAAAGCCUGAAAUCAAACAGAAGUGGGCAUCCAGGCUCCUGGCCAAACUGCGCAAAGAUAUCCGCCAGGAGUACCGAGAGGACUUUGUGCUCACCGUGACUGGCAAGAAGCACCCGUGCUGUGUCUUAUCCAAUCCCGACCAGAAGGGUAAGAUUAGGAGAAUCGACUGCCUGCGACAGGCAGACAAAGUCUGGCGUCUGGAUCUAGUCAUGGUGAUCCUGUUCAAAGGCAUCCCCUUGGAAAGUACCGAUGGAGAGCGGCUCAUGAAAUCCCCACAUUGCACAAACCCAGCACUUUGUGUCCAGCCACAUCAUAUCACAGUAUCAGUUAAGGAGCUUGAUUUGUUUUUGGCAUACUACGUGCAGGAGCAAGAUUCUGGACAAUCAGGAAGUCCAAGCCACAACGAUCCUGCCAAGAAUCCUCCAGGAUACCUUGAGGAUAGUUUCGUAAAAUCUGGAGUCUUCAAUGUAUCAGAACUUGUGAGGGUAUCCAGAACGCCCAUAACCCAGGGGACUGGAGUCAACUUCCCAAUUGGAGAAAUCCCAAGCCAACCAUACUAUCAUGACAUGAACUCGGGGGUCAAUCUUCAGAGGUCGCUGUCUUCUCCACCAAGCAGCAAAAGACCCAAAACUAUAUCCAUAGAUGAAAAUAUGGAACCAAGUCCUACAGGAGACUUUUAUCCCUCUCCGAAUUCACCAGCUGCUGGAAGUCGAACAUGGCAUGAAAGAGAUCAAGAUAUGUCUUCUCCGACUACUAUGAAGAAGCCUGAAAAGCCAUUGUUCAGCUCUACAUCUCCACAGGAUUCUUCCCCAAGAUUGAGCACUUUCCCCCAGCACCACCAUCCCGGAAUACCUGGAGUUGCACACAGUGUCAUCUCUACUCGGACUCCACCUCCGCCCUCACCGUUGCCAUUUCCAACACAAGCUAUUCUUCCUCCAGCCCCAUCGAGCUACUUCUCUCAUCCAACAAUCAGAUAUCCUCCCCACCUGAAUCCUCAGGAUACUCUGAAGAACUAUGUACCUUCUUAUGACCCAUCCAGUCCGCAAACCAGCCAGCCUAACAGCAGUGGUCAAGUAGUAGGGAAAGUGCCUGGCCAUUUCACUCCUGUCUUGGCACCCUCUCCCCAUCCCAGUGCAGUGCGACCUGUGACCCUGACCAUGACAGAUACUAAACCCAUCACUACAUCCACUGAAGGUGAGGCAGCUUCACCUACAGCAACCACCUACACAGCCUCAGGCACAUCUCAAGCCAAUCGAUAUGUGGGACUAAGCCCAAGAGACCCAUCCUUCCUACAUCAGCAACAGCUGAGGAUUUGUGACUGGACCAUGAAUCAAAACGGCAGGCAUUUAUACCCCAGUACCAGUGAGGAUACAUUGGGAAUUACUUGGCAAAGUCCUGGUACCUGGGCUAGCUUGGUUCCUUUCCAAGUAUCAAAUAGGACACCCAUCCUACCGGCAAAUGUCCAAAAUUACGGUUUGAACAUAAUCGGAGAACCUUUCCUUCAAGCAGAAACGAGCAACUGAGGGAAAAUGAAAUACAACAAUAGUUUCAGAAAUUUAAAAAAAAAAAAAGGAAAAGAGGAAGACUGGACAAAACAAAACAAAACAAACAAAAAGGGAGAAAGGAAAGAAACUGAAGAAAGAAGAUAAUAGACCAGCAAUUGCAGCACUUACAAUCAGUAAUUCCCUUAAGGUUGAAACUGUAAAGACAUAAAAAGGGUCGAUGAUAUUUCACUGAUGGUAGAUCGCAGCCCCUGCAACGUAGCCUUUGUUCCAUGAAGUCCGCUGGGAAAUAGAUGUUCUGUCUCUAUGACAAUAUAUUUUAACUGACUUUCUAGAUGCCUUAAUAUUUGCAUGAUAAGCUAGUUUUAUUGGUUUAGUAUUCUUGUUGUUUACGCAUGGAAUCACUAUUCCUGGUUAUCUCACCAACGAAGGCUAGGAGGCGGCAUCAGAGGUGCUGGGUGACAGAGCCAUGAGCCAGCCAUUUUAUAAGCACUCUGAUUUCUAAAAGUUAAAAAAAAAUAUAUAAAAUCUCUGUAGCCUUUAGUUAUCAGUACAGAUUUAUUAAAUUUUGGCCCUUAACCCAGCCUUUUCCAGUGUGUAACCCAGUUUGAAAUCUUAAAAAAGAAAAAAAAAAAAGAAAAAAAAAGGAAAAAAAGAAAAAAGGAAAAAAAAAACAGUUUGAACACAAAGGCUCUAUGGAAGAAAUGCCUCUAUGUAGGUGAAGUGUUAUCUCUGCAUGCAACAGUAAAAAUUAAUAUAAUAUUUUCCCCACAAAAGAAACACUUAACAGAGGCAAGUGCAAUUUAUAAAUUUAUAUCUAAAGGGGAAUCAUGAUUAUAAGUCCUUCAGCCCUUGGACUCUAAAUUGAGGGGAUUAAAAAGAAUUUAAAAUAAUUUUGAACGAAUUUAUUUUCCCCUCAGUUUUUGAGGGCAUUAAAAAGGCAUUAAAUCAAGACAAAUCAUGUGCUUGAGAAAAAAAAUUUAAUGAAAACACAGCACUUAUGUUGGUUUAGCUGCAGCCUCCUCGGAGGUAGAAUUUAUUUAUUUAAAAUUACUGGUUGCAUCAAGAACCCAUAGGGUGUACAAAAGGUUCUAUAAAAUCUGCAUUAUAGAGACAAAGAGGCAGGCAAAUCCAUGACACAAGGGUAAAGCUUACAGUUUACAAACUGGGACCGCCAGGGUGUAGGAUAUAAAAACGCACUCUUGAGAAAACACUUGUCAUCAGGGUGCUGAAAACUUGCAUGGUGCUUUCAGAUAUUAGCCUUGUUCAACAAAUUUCUUGUAUUGACAGAUCUGUAGUGUGCAUGGGCAGACACAUUUUGCCUCUAUGUCUCUUAAAAUUUUAAUUAAAAAUACUCUUUCCAGUAAUCCUAAUUUGCACGAAGAUAUAAUGUCCACAUGACGUGCCUUGCCUUGAAAUCUAAAAAACUAAAAAACAAAAAACAAAAAAAAAAACCCACAAAAGGUGACAUCACUACACUUGUUUUGCUGCAUUUAUUAUCAUUUUAAAUCUUUACCAUUUUUAUGACAAAAUAUUUUGUACUCCAGACGAAGAAAAAUGUGUGACAUCAUGGAUUUUUUAGACAGUUAUACCUUUAUCUCACAUUUAUAAAGCAUAUCAUGGCUGUGUAUAGUUGCCGCUUAAAAAUUGUAAUCGACCAGCAAUAUUUUCAGUAUUUUGGUGUUUUUUCUAUUAACCUUUCAUGUUUUUCAUCUUCCAAUUAAUAUUUGGGGGGGAGGGGUUUCAAAUUUAUACGAAUUAUGCAAUACCAAGUUUUGCCUAUGUAGGUAGUGCUUUUAGCUGUAUUGGUUAUUCUAGGUAAGUACACAGAUUUAAAAAAAAAUAAUGUAUGCUUUUUUUUUUGUUUGUUUGUUUUAAUUGACCAAAGUGGGUACUGCUAUUUUUGCAGUGUGAUGAGGUCCUUUUGUGUACUGAGAGAUGGACAGGGGAUUUUUUUUAAUAUACAUAUAUAUAUAUUCGGGGGUGGGUGGGAGGAUUUUUAACACUUUACAGUGUAGCUGUGAAGC